ACUUCUCUUACUACUGCCCCGAGUCAUUACUAUUAUUACUUCCAUUUUCGAGAGCUGUGCUUAGAUCUCGGGCUCUCUGCUCUCAGACAUGCUUCCUUAGCUUUUCUAUAAACAUCAGAAGGAAAGAGCUUGACUUUCGAACUCCGCCUCUGUGCUCUCUCCAUUUAGUAUCUUUUUUUUUGGUGAUUAGUCGUUUUUUUCUUUAGGAAAGAAACUUUCUUUUCUUUCGAGGUUUUUGUUUGGAAGGGUUGAAGAUUGAAGAGGGGGUUUCAGUUUUCUCGUGAUCUCUACGUCUCCGUUGCUGGCUCUGAGACCUCUGUUUCUUGCUUAUUUAUGGCUCACUAAUGUGACCAAUAAGUUCACCGAUAUUGAAGCUUAGUUUCUUCGAACUUGGUUCCCCUGUUUUGCUCUGCCUCUGCCCCAAGUUUGAUUCAGUCAUUUUUAUCUUUCUUAUAGCUUGGGUUUGAUUAAUUGAUACGAAUUGAGAUCGUCCAUGAAUAGCUUCAUUAUCAACAGUUGUGCGGUGCUCGUGCUAUUCUUCCUGCGUUCAGAAAUUUGGUGCAAUGGAACAGAGGAAAUUGCAGCUGCUCCAAUGGAGAAAACAGAGCAGGAGGCUCUGUACUCUGCCAUUGAGGGAUUCGUGGGGACCUGGUGGAAUGGUUCUGAUCUCUAUCCAGAUCCUUGCGGAUGGACUCCUAUACAGGGAGUCUCUUGUGAUCUCUUUGAUGACUUCUGGUAUGUCACCGCCUUGAGCAUUGGACCCAUUCAGGACAACUCUCUGGAUUGCACAACAGAUGCAGAGUUCAGACCACAGCUCUUUGAGCUUAAGCACCUGAAGACACUCUCCUUCUUCGGUUGCUUCAAUUCACCUCGCCAUUAUCCAACCCCCAUUCCGACUGAAAACUGGGACAAACUUGCAGGCAGCUUGGAGUCACUAGAGUUUCGAUCGAACCCGGGUCUCACCGGACAAAUCCCUCCCAGCUUUGCUCACCUCAGGCAUCUCCAGUCUCUAGUGCUUCUAGAAAAUGGAUUAGCUGGUGAAUUACUGGUGAAUAUCGGUAGCUUAAUGGGCUUGAGACGAUUAGUCCUCGCCAGAAACUGGCUUACGGGUAGGAUCCCCGACAGUUUCGGUGGGUUGUCACAGCUGCUAAUUCUUGAUUUAAGCAGGAAUUUUCUAUCUGGGGCUUUGCCAUUGACACUGGGUGGCUUGACUUCACUGUUGAAGCUUGAUUUGAGCAACAACAAAUUGGAAGGGAAGCUGCCAAAAGAACUUGGGAACCUAAAGAACCUGACCCUAUUGGAUCUUGGUAAUAACAAAUUCUCGGGUGGCUUGGUUGAGUCACUUCAAGAUAUGAGUUCCUUGGAAGAGAUGGUGUUGUCCAGUAACUUCAUAGGUGGAGAUUUGAUGAGCGUAGAGUGGAAAAGCCUGCAGAGUUUGGCCAUUUUAGAUCUUUCCAACAUGGGUUUGACAGGAGAGAUUCCAGAGACCAUAGCAGACCUGAAGAGGCUGAGAUUUUUGGGCCUCAAUGACAAUAAUCUGACAGGCAAUGUCCCUCCAAAGCUUGCAGCUCUGCCUUGUAUUAGUGCUCUAUACCUUAAUGGGAACAAUCUGACCGGGGAGCUUAAAUUCCCCGCAAGGUUUUAUGGGAGAAUGGGGAGGCGGUUUGGGGCUUGGAACAACUCAAAUCUCUGCUACCAAGUUGAGUUGAUCUCCUUAAACAAUGCCUCAUUUGGGGUAAAACCAUGUCAGCCGGAGGUAACACAUUUUGAUCUUGAUUCAAAUUCCAAGUUGGGUAGUGAAUAUUUGAAGAAUCAGAGUUCUCAGCUAAUGGUUUCUUUGGGAUUCUCAAGAUGGGGUACUGAUGCACUUUGCUGGGUUUUUCUAGCAGAAAUACUAACGGUGAUUCUGUCUCUGAGUGUUCACCAAUAGAUUUUCCAUGGGGGAGAAGAACAGCUUGAAGAUGGCUUGAAUGUAUCAGUAACUUUCUUUUUGGUUUCCUAAACUUUUUUUUCUUUUUAAUCUCUUGACAUAUAACCUUGCUUUAAUGGAUGACUUUAAUUUAGUGCAAUCAUUUGGGAGUCCCUUUUA